AUGUCAAAGGAUUUUGAAGUAUAUGAUUGUCUUCUUUCUAUAGAACGAAUGCUAUAUUCACAUACUGAAACAAAUAUUGUAUCAUUUUUAAAAAAAGCAGUGGUUGAAUUUGGGUUGAAAGGAAAAAUUACCUGUGUUGUAACUGACAAUGAAAGUAAUAUGGUUAAUGCAAUCAAUCAAUGGGAUGAUGUUGUUCAUUUACCUUGUGCUGCCUAUAUUUUGCAACUUUCAAUUUAUUGUGCAUUUAAAAAACAAAUGUUUAUAUUAAGCGGAUUAAACGUUUAUUUUACUGAUGACGAUUCUGAUGAUAAUGAUAAUAGUACAAAUGAACUACCAAUGUUAGAUUCAACCAAUUCAAAUCAACCAAUUUUACACAAAGCAAUUGAAUGGUUAAGUGCAACUUUACCUUUAUCUGAUAAUGCUGAAAAUCGUGCAGAUGGAAGAAAACUUAAAAAGCGGCUUUUAUUACCUUAUGAAUGGGACUUAUUGAAGCAAAUUGUGGAUUUAUUAGAGCCAUUUGAUGAUGCUACUACUUACUUUAGUAAAACUUUCUAUGCUACUUUAUCAAUCAUUUAUCCUUUAAUCAAAAUCAUCAUCUCACAAAAUUCGCCCUCCUGA